GGCUUCUCGGGACCACCCGAACCCGCGGCCAUGGCCCCGGCCGCCGCCAGCCCCCCGGAGGUGAUCCGCGCGGCGCAGAAGGACGAGUACUACCGCGGUGGGCUGCGGAGCGCGGCGGGCGGCGCCCUGCACAGCCUGGCGGGUGAGGGCCGGGCGCGGCCGGACGUCCUCGCGAGCGGCCCAGGGGGUGUUGCCCCUCAUGGAGGCGGGGUGUCUGCCGUGUGUGGUCACGGUCGCCUGGGCCCGUCCCACAACCUGGGACCCGGCAGUCUCCUUCGCCUGCCCUGCGGCCAUUCAGGGAUGUGCGGGGCACCUCCUGCCCUCCCUGACCAGGUGGCGCCAGAGGCACAGGCCGCAGACACCGCGGGGGACCUGCGUGGGCCUCCAGUUCCCGCCCAAGCCCUUCCCGUCCCCAGCUCAGGGCAGGUCCAGCUGACGCCAGUGGCUGGGGAAGACUCUGUGCCCUCCAGGUGUGAGGCCUUGGCAAGUGCUUCAAGCCUCCCUCCGAUCCUCCCCUGUGAGCAGACGGGUCAGAGCGCCCGCGGCGCGAACGCCUCAUACCUCGGUCCCGUUCACACUGACCCCGGCCUUUCCUAGGCCUGAGCAGCAGCCCAGGCCCCUCGCCCUGCUGACCGCAGUGUAGGCUCAGCCAGGCCCUGCCUGCCUCACCAGGCCGUGAGCUGAGUACGGAAGCCAGUGUACUCAAUGAAGCAGCACCUGUCAUCCCAGCAGUUUGGGAGGCAGAGGCGGGAGGAUCGCUUGAGCCCAGGAGUUUGAGACCAGCCUGGGCAACAUGGCAAGACCCCGUCUCUACAAAAAAUCUGAAAAUUAGCCAGACGUGGUGGCGGCAUCUGUAAUCCCAGCUCUUCAGGAGGCUGAGGCAAGAGAAUCGCCUGAGCCCGAGGGAUGAGGCUGCAGUGAGCCAUGAUUGUGCCGCUGCACUCCAGCCUGGGCGACAGGGCCAGACCCCAUCACCGAUUAAAAAACGAAAAAAAAAAAGAUGCCAGGUGUGGUGGCUCACGCCUGUAAUCCCAGCACUUUGGGAGGCCGAGGCGGGUGGAUCACUUGAGGUCAGGAGUUCGAGACCAGUCUACGCAACAUGGUGAAACCCCAUCUCUACUAAAAAUACAAAAAUCAGCAGGGCGUGGUGGCGCGUGCGUGUAAUCCCAGCUACUUGGGAGGCUGAGACAGAAUCACUUGAACCCGGGAGGUGGAGGUUGCAGUAAGCCAAGAUCGUGCCACUGCACUCGUCUGGGCAACAGAGUGAGACUCCAUCUCAAAAAAAAAAGGCAAAGCCAUCAAGUCUUUGGGGGGUGGGGCAGGCAGUCGUUAAAGGCAUGAACUCCCAGCAGAACGUUUCAGGGAGCAGUGGCACUAGAGCCCAGUGGUGGGGGUGUCGUGGCCACAGGAACAGUGCCAUGGGACAGGAAGAGCAUGGGUAAAUAUCAGAGGACAGCCAGGCUCCGUGCCGGGAGGCCCAUGGGUGUCAGGUGGGCAGCCAUUGGUGGAUUCUGAACAGGAGAGUGACAUGAUGAGAAUUUUUUGUGUGUGUACUUACUUGUUUUACAAUACACUUGGCACUUAACCCUGUGCCAGACACUGUUCCCAGUGUUUUACAAAUAUUGAAUCUUCAAACAUCCCUCCAAGUAGGACUUAAUACUCUUCUGAUAGAUGAGCAAAUUGAGAUUCCAGAAAGACCUCACAGCCAGCAAGUUGGAGAGCUGCUUUUUGAUGCUAGACAGUUGGCCUCUGGCCUGUAAUCUUAAUACCCCAGACCAUCUUUCCAUGUGGCCCUCAUAGGCCCUAGAACAGUUGCUCAGGGGAAUCCCGGAGCAAGAGAUGAGCACAGGUGGGAGAUUCUUCGCAGACUGUCUGCAGCUCACGCUAAGGCAAGUCAAGGUGGUGCCUCCGGAGACAGAAGCAGAGAGGGAGGCCAGGGAGUGCGAGGAAGUGGCUGGAGUGGAGGAAGGAGGUUGAGCUGCUCUCAGAUGUGGCCUACUUUGGCCUCACCACACUUGCAGGCUACCAGACCCUGGGGGAGGAGUACGUCAGCAUCAUCCAGGUGGACCCAUCGCGGAUACACGUGCCCUCCUCGCUGCGCCGUGGCGUGCUGGUGACGCUGCAUGCUGUCCUGCCCUACCUGCUGGACAAGGCCCUGCUCCCCCUGGAGCAGGAGCUGCAGGCUGACCCCGACAGUGGGCGACCCUCGCAGGGGAGCCUGGGGCCAGGUGGGCGUGGCUGCUCAGGGGCGCGGCGCUGGAUGCGUCACCACACGGCCACCCUGACUGAGCAGCAGAGGAGGGCGCUGCUGCGGGCGGUCUUCGUCCUCAGACAGGGCCUCGCCUGCCUCCAGCGGCUGCACGUUGCCUGGUUUUACAUCCACGGCGUCUUCUACCACCUGGCCAAGAGGCUCGCGGGGAUCACGUACCUCCGUGUCCGCAGCCUGCCCGGAGAGGACCUGAGGGCCCGUGUUAGCUACAGGCUGCUGGGGGUCGUCUCACUGCUGCACCUGGUGCUGUCCGUGGGGCUGCAGCUGUACGGUUUCAGGCAGCGGCAGCGAGCCAGGAAGGAGUGGAGGCUGCACCGCGGCCUGUCUCACCGCAGGGCCUCCUUGGAGGAGAGAGCUAUUUCCAGAAACCCCCUGUGCACCCUGUGCCUGGAGGAGCGCAGGCACCCAACAGCCACGCCCUGCGGCCACCUGUUCUGCUGGGAGUGCAUCACCGCGUGGUGCAGCAGCAAGGCGGAGUGUCCCCUCUGCCGGGAGAAGUUCCCUCCCCAGAAGCUCAUCUACCUUCGGCACUACCGCUGAGCCGGCGCCCGGGUGGGCCUGGACACACAUGACCUCUACGGGAGUCCGAACGCCAAGAUUGAGUCUCAGGAUUAACCUUGCUUGCACAGAAGUUAGAACACUCUCAGUUUUUUGUCAUGUAAGAUACUAACCUAGCCACCCUGGGAGAGAACAGAAAGCUGUCCCUGGCUGCGCUUUCUCAGCCCUGGGAGGGGCGCCUGAACCCACAACAUUUCCCUAACCCCAACCUGGCAGGACUCAGCCACUUCUUCAGGAAUUUCACUUAUUUGGACGGGAUUUUAGGUUUCCCUCCCUUCCCCAAACCAUACAGUUGAGAAGUAACUCAGAAGUAGGCCAGAAGACACUUUAUUCGUUUAUAUUGUGAGAAAAUGGCCUCAUCAGGCUUGUGUUAAGGCAAUGGACUGAAUGAGUGCGUGCUGGGUGGGGUGGGGCACGGAGGCUGGCGGGUGGCUUCAGCCAGUGCGGUGAGAACAGCAGCCCCACGGCCCCAUGGGAGGCGGCGCUGCUCUCCCCGAGGGUGGCUGGGCAGAGCACAUCCCCCAGGACUUGACCACACGGGGCAGAGAGAAACCAACCAAGGCCAGCACCUCCGUCGGAAGCAUUUGGCACGCACACCUUCAAUACACGUCAAGGUCGCUUCCAGUUUUAGAAAACAGAAAUCUGCAUCUCAGCCUGAGACGCACAGAGAGGUCUCUUCCUGACCCAGACGCACUCACGAGCCAGGUCCUGGGGGUAUGGGGGCUGCCAGGGGCGCCCGAGCCCUCUCCUGGGGGCCUGCUGGGCAGGCGACCUGCUGACCCAUGGUCACUGCUGUGUUCAGCCCCUCAGCUCGGCCCCAGCCUAUUUCCCGCCUCCAUUUGAUGUUUCCAGGUUUUCAAAACUGCAUUUAACCUGCGCCAGAGAGUUCGCCGUAGGCAUCUUUAAUAAACUAACUCCAGCAAAAUGUGGGUACGUUACUAACACAAGAUGGAACUUGAGAUUUCCUGAAGCGCAGUGUUAAAAUGCCUCGAGGGUGUGUGCCACAUUUGCCUGCUGACGUAAAACACCUGGCCAGCAGGACCGGCUUCCAGCAAAGACCCGCGCAAACCAUGUCUUGCUGUUUGACUUACUUAGGAAUGAGGAUGACCCUGUAUUCCUGGGUUAGUCAAGGUCAGCUUGCCAGAGACGGAGGAGGGCGGGGGGGCUGUGACCCUCUAGACUGGGAGGACCACCAGGAGAGGCACUGGGGGCUGCGGCCGGGUGGGCAGAUGCCGCCGUGGCUCCAUCCAUCAGCACCCAGUCCUUUGCUUCACUGUGCUCUGGCCAAGCGCAUGCGACUUCCUGUCACACCUUAGGCCUGAGCGCUUAUUAAGAAAACAGUAUGAAAAAUGACAAACACUCCUGUCCGCAGUCUGAGAAUCCCAAGUGUCUCAACACGGUACCAGAAGUACCACCUGGGAGCAGCACUGGCUAUCUUGGGUCAGGGACACACAAGCUUGAACAUGGCCUCUUAGAAGAGCUCGAUGUCAGAUAUGUAAACACUGGCACAAGAAAAUCCAGACACUAAGCAUUCACCGUGUCAAUUCUGAGACAGGAAACACCGCCCAGAGUGAGGAGCCUGCGCAGCCCGGGGCCCAGGAGGAGAGGCCUUCACUCGCAUGUCAGCGUCUCAUCUGGGACCACAGCUGGGAUGUUCUGCUGUGCAAUAUGGGUCACCUUUCGAAAAGGCCAAACAAAAGGUGGGCUUUCCUGUGUCCAGCGACUGCCAUGUUUUAGAUAAAGACUUUAGUAAAGGUGGAGGUAAAAUCA